GUACCAUUGAUCACUAGCAUCGAUUCAACCCAAGGAUGAAGGGCUUUAUCGCAAUCAUCGUCGCUAUCCUGGCUGCCGCCACACAAGGAUCUUACGUACCCAGUUCUUGGCCAUCACACUCAGCUGGGUGGAAUUCCUGGAAUGGCUGGAAUGAUCAUACCCUUGCUGCUUAUCCAUACGCAAAAUCCUGGCCAUCAACGUGGCAAGUGACUCCACAGAUUGCCGCCUACCCUUACGCCAAAUCGUGGUCAUCUGCUUGGCCCGCUGCUUCUCUGUACAAUGGCUGGAAUGGAUAUUAUGGCGUAGCGAAUAAAGCCCACUCGUGGGGUCUACCUUUGGAAACCUACGGAGCCGGAUGGGGAUAUCAGAAUCUGGCUAAAGUGGUAGCACCAGUGAAGAUUAACUCUUGGGGACUUCCAUGGGAAAACUACGGAGCAGGUGCUAAUGGAUGGGGAUACCAGCAAGGACUGGUUAAGACGGUUGUUCCAGUGUCGAAACAGAUUGCUGCCACUCCAGGAUCGGUUUACGUUGCACCAGUGCCAGUGGGUGUGGAGAAGGUUGUUUUGCACUAAUGUUUUCAGGCUUGGAUUUCAUCAACUCUGCUAAAGCUAACGUUCUGGUUAUGUAAAUAAAAAAG